UAAGGACAUGGUGACUGACUUUGAUGAAAAACAUGACGAAUACUUAAUAUCGCUCCAGCAGAGAAACCGGCUACUGGGACGUUUAAAAAGAAAGGAUCCUAUACAAAUCAAACUGGAGCAGUUAGAACAAGGAUUUUCUCUGUAUCUGAAUGGAGCUAAUUCAGAGCUGAGAAAUUACCGCAGAAAAAUCAACUCACAUGGCUACUUUAAGAACAAGACAAAGACCACCAGGACAAAUGCAGCCCAGCUAGAAGAGAGUGAGUUGCAAGAACGCAGCACAGAGACUGCACCAAGGAAAAUACAACGCAGAGGUUGGCUUCAGAAAACUGUGGAGAUUAAAACAGAAAGGGGGGCUAAACUCUGCAUUAAACCUCCUUUUGAGUACUCUGAGGAUUUUGAACCUUAUGAAAGCUUGAGCAUGGAGACAAAUGGUGAUGAUCUUCUCUGUUACUCCCAGAAAUUGAGAAGAAGCUUGCAACUUAGUAUAGAAGAGAAAAGGAUGGAAGAAGACUCUCUUAGUGAUGAUUAUGACUCUGUUGAAGAGGAUGUGUUUUCAGAACCAUCUCCCACUGAGGAAACAAUUACAAGCUUUGGAGGCCUUCAGUUGCAUAGCAGUAAAUCACUGCAGAAAGAAACUUCUGAACAUCAGGAUGCUGGGAGAUGCUCUGGCCUUGAUUCUGGUGCCCUGACUGUGUUGGAGUUCAACCAGGAUCAAAGUAAAGUGAAGCCACUACGAGUUCUCUCGGCAAAAAGAAAAGAUAAUGCUGAAAUGUAUAUUCCUGUCAGACCAAUCGUGUUAAAAAAUAAAAUCACUCGGCCACUCUCUGCUGAGUUUUUGCAGCAGGAAAGACAUGAAAGAAUUUGUUCUAGACCAUUAAGUCGACCAGAAAGACCACUUUCAGCAACUCGAAAGAAUGAGUGUGAGAAGGAUCCUGAUCUCUCAGUUUCAGCUGUGGUUAAAGCAAUGCAAAUUGAAAAUGAAGUCUUGCAGAGAGAUCUGCAAAGGCAGACAGUUUCCACAAGCCCUCAAAAGAUGACAACCAGUAUGGAAGUACGUGAUGCCAUUUAUGUGACUAUGGAACUUCUUUCUAACUGGGGAAAUCCAGUAAAUGUGGGCCUGAGCGAGGUGGAAUUCUUUGAUUUAUACAAUGAAAAGAUAUUUGUGUCUCCUCAUGAUGUGGACAUUCGAAAUGCUGACAACCCAGGGGAUUUGUGCUGCUUGGUCAAUAAGAACUUAAAUACCACGAAGGGAAGCUUCCUUUGGAUGUGCCCUUUCCAUCCACCCAUCCAACUUUACUUUGUUAUCCGCAAUCUCACCCGGUCACAUGACUUUGGUAUAUCCAAGAUCAAGAUUUGGAAUUACAACACAACAACUCCCUGUGACCUUGAUGUUGGAGUAAAGAAGGUGAAGUUAUAUGUUGAUGAGAAGCUUGUAUUUGAUGGUGAAUUAAAGAAAGCCUCUGGAGAUCUCCUCACUGACCAUAGCACUACAAUUGACCUUACAGGUCACAAGCAAGAUAUCUCUGCAUAUUCUUCAAAUGAAAGGAAAGAAGUAUAUGCACCUGCAGUCACAGAGAAGAAAGCAGACCUACAUUUUCAGUGCUUACAGUCAAACAGUACUUCACUAAACUGGAAAUCUCUGCCAGAAGAAAAUCUUCUUGAGCAUAAGAUGAAUUCCAUCGGCUGUACAAAGAAAAAUUUGUCUGCUGAGUUAGAGGAUGAUCUAAAAUUGUUGCCAUCUCAAGUUUGUAUAAAAGAUGCCAAAGAGAAUGCAACAGUACAAGCAGUUAUGGAGCACGUUCAAUCUGAUGAUGAACUUACUUUGAGAGAGCAAAUGGAAAAGCUAACAGGAAGAAAAUUGUCUGAUUCUACAGGUGCAAUUCCUUCUUGGUUACAGUCAUCUUCCCAAGUAACAGAGAAUAAUCAAGUUACUUCCACUAAGCAGAAGCCUCCCUGGCUUGCUACAGAACAUUGUUUACGUUUAAGAUUUCAAACACAGUCAGAUAGAAUCAUGAAAAACUUUUCAGAUCUGACUAGUGAGGAUGUCAAAUGUCAGAGAAAUGAGCUGGGAAGAUCCAAUAGUAGAAAUGCAAAUGGAGAUGAGAGAUCACAAAUACUAACCAGAAAGGAUGGUGGUGUGGGCUUGGACAUUUCGGAGCAACUUUCUAACAAAAAUUGCUGCAGCUUACAGUAUCCUACUGUAAGGAGAAGUGUCAGAUGUGUAAAAAAGGAGGGUUUAAACACUAUAAAUCUUGGAGACGAUGAUUCCGCAUUCAAAGAUGAAGACUUUUCUAUCAAGGACAUAGCAACCUCUAGAGCAAAGUGGCACAAUGAACAAGAACACACUCUGCAGGAGUCAUGGAACUCCUUGGUAAAAUUUAAUUAUUCCCAUCGUGGCCGAAUCUCUAACAUGGAUUUUCAAGGGGAUAUCUUUGAUGAGUUUCUUCAUCAACAGAAAAUCAACCGGCCUGGAGAAUAUCAGCAAAUGAGAAAAGAGGAACUACAAACACUACCAAAAAGGCAAGAAGAAGAAAAUUCUGUGGAGGCUUAUGACGGAAAUGAUUUUAAAAUUCCUGUUUUACCUUAUGGGCAGCACUUAGUGAUAGACAUUCAAACAACAUGGGGAGACAGACAUUAUGUUGGUCUUAAUGGAAUUGAAGUUUUCAGUUCUAAAGGAGAGCCUGUUCAGAUUUCAAAAAUAACAGCUGAACCACCUGAUAUAAAUAUUUUACCAGCUUAUGGCAACGAUCCCAGAACAGUAACCAACCUAAUUGAUGGGGUAAAUCGGACGCAGGAUGAUAUGCAUCUCUGGCUAGCACCAUUUACCCCUGGAAAACCUCACUUUAUCUUUAUUGACUUUGUGAAUUCCUGUCAAGUAGCUAUGAUUAGGAUUUGGAAUUAUAAUAAAUCUCGCAUACACUCUUUCAGAGGUGUGAAAGACAUUGUAAUGGUAUUAGAUGAACAAUGCAUCUUUAAAGGAGAAAUUGCGAAAGCUUCAGGAACCCUGUCUGGAGCUCCAGAGCACUUUGGGGAUACUAUAUUGUUCACUACCGAUGAUGAUAUUCUUGAAGCUAUAUACUGCUAUGAUGAGACAUAUGAUGGAGAAAUGGAGAAUGCCAACUCCUUCAGAUACGAGGAAGAGCUAAAGAGGCCGACAACUGCGGAUAGGGAGGGAGAUGAAAGACCUUUUACACAAGCGGGUUAUUCUGAGAAAAAAACAUCAGACAUCAAAGACAGACAAAACCCUCUCUCUGAAUGUAUACCCAAGGAAUCAGGAAUAUUUACUGGAAAAUGCCUGCAACUGAAUUUUACCAUGACCUGGGGUGACUGUCAUUACCUUGGACUGACAGGACUUGAAGUGAUAGGAAAGAAUGGUCACGCAUUAAAAAUAAGUACAGAACAGAUUUCUGCUUCACCCCAGGACUUAAAUGAUCUUCCAGAGUAUACAGGAGAUUCCAGAACAUUAGAAAAGUUAAUAGAUGGGACUAAUAUCACAGUAGAGGAUGACCAUAUGUGGCUCAUUCCCUUCUCUUUUGGAGAAGAUCAUCUGCUCACAAUCCAUUUUGAUAAAAUUGAAAGUAUUGCAGGGCUUCGCUUUUGGAACUAUAAUAAAUCUCCAGAGGAUACCUUUAGAGGGGCUAAGGUAGUCCAUGUGUUGCUGGAUGGUCACAGCAUCUCCCCACCAGAGGGCUUCCUUAUCCGCAAGGGACCAGGCAACUGCCAUUUUGACUUUGCCCAAGAAAUUCUCUUUCUUGACUAUCUGCAGCCCCAGCUGAUGAAUAAAGUACAAAGGAGGACUGGUUCAAAGAGAAUGGAACAAGCUAGUAUGGACUAUGAAGCACCGUUAAUGCCAUGUGGUUUUGUUUUCCAGUUUCAGCUUCUGACAAGUUGGGGUGAUCCAUACUACAUUGGCUUGAAUGGACUUGAGUUGUUCGAUGAACAUGGAGACCAAAUCUUACUAACCGAAAACAAUAUUGCUGCUUUUCCAGACAGUGUCAACAUUUUAGAAGAUGUAUCUGGGGACAUCCGAACUCCAGACAAACUAAUUGACAGAGUAAAUGACACAACCGAUGGCAGACAUAUGUGGCUUGCACCGGUUCUUCCUGGUUUGGUGAAUAGGGUAUAUGUCAUUUUUGAUGUACCUACUACUGUGUCAAUGAUCAAGUUAUGGAAUUAUGCCAAAACACCUCAGAGAGGUGUGAAAGAAUUCGGUCUGCUGGUGGAUGACUUACUUGUGUACAAUGGGAUUCUGGAUAUGGUGAACCACGUAGUAUCAGGCAUCCUACCAACCUGCGAUCCAGUGGUCCCGUAUCAUACCAUUCUCUUUACAGAUGAUGAGAAGAUUUGCCAUCAGGAGAAGAGAACUGUUAUUAGCAAUCAUGUGGGAGAUCAGGAUGUACGAAUGAUGAAUGAAAACGAGAUUGUCACAAACAGCAAAAAGAAGCAGGCUGUGGCUGACCCAGCUUUACGUCCAAAAACCUGCAUAUGUGAAAAAGGACUGCAGAGGAGGAAAAGAUAA